AUGACGCUCAGUAGUGAGCCGGAGAAGAUCAAGACGUCGCCCAUGGCGAGACCAAUGGACAACCUACUUAACUCUCCCGCCAAGAAGAUCAAGACGUCGCCCAUGGCGAGACCAAUGGACAACCUACUUAACUCUCCCGCCAAGAAGAUCAAGACGUCGCCCAUGGCGAGACCAAUGGACAACCUACUUAACUCUCCCGCCAAGAAGAUCAAGACGUCGCCCAUGGCGAGACCAAUGGACAACCUACUUAACUCUCCCGCCAAGAAGAUCAAGACGUCGCCCAUGGCGAGACCAAUGGACAACCUACUUAACUCUCCCGCCAAGAAGAUCAAGACGUCGCCCAUGGCGAGACCAAUGGACAACCUACUUAACUCUCCCGCCAACUAUCGAUCCUCAAGUAGUGGUCACCUUAGCCCAAGCCUUUUCCCAAUUUACCACCAUAUUGAAAUGCAUCCAGGAGACCCCACACCUUCAUCGCGAAUUGAUACUGCCCAAUAG